AUGUCCCAAUUGAACCAGGAGAGUAUAGAGAAAUCUGUGGAAGAGGUGGGCCAGCUGGUAUAAGAAGAGGGUCUGAACUGCCUGAUCAACAAUACAGCAAUCAACGUGGUGGCCGACUUUUACACUGUUACUGCUGAGAAGAUGAUAGAAAACUUCCACACUAAUGCUGUGGCUCCUCUAAUGAUCCCAAAGGCAUUCCUGCCUCUGUUGAAGCAAGCUGUUUCUAGAGGAGGAGCAGGGGGUGCACGAAGCAUGGGCACCCAGAGGGCAGAAGUCAUUAACAUGACCUCUCUGCUGGGCUCUGUGGAGCUCAGCUGGGGGGAACGGGCCAACAACUUCAAAUGGUACCCCUACAGAGUGUCCAAGUGUUGCAUGGUGAGUCACUGUAUGGCUGUAGACCUGGAGCCUGAUGGGAUUCUCUGUAUGGCUAUACACCCUGGCUGGGUCCACACUGACAUGGGGGGGUCUGAGGUUCCACUGAGUGCAGAGAGCAUUUCUUCCAUCUUGUCUGUGAUUGGUGGACUGACUGAAAAGGAUCAUGGGUCAUUUCUGAAUUUUACAGGAGAAGUGUUGCCUUGGUGA